AUGGCCGCGAUUAGCAAAGAAUCCAAGAUUCUGAUCGUGGGUGGCGGUGGUGUGAUGGGGUCGUCGACGGCGCUUCACCUAGCGCGUAGAGGGUACACUGACAUCCAUGUCAUAGACGUGUGGCCAAUACCGUCUCAGCGCUCGGCGGGGUACGAUUUGAACAAGAUCGCGUCCAGUGGCCAGUACUCGAAUCCCUUCCACGCGGAGCUGUCCAAGCAAGCGAUCCAUGCCUGGGCGAACGACGAGACAUUCAAGCCUUACUAUCAUAAUACUGGAACCGUCAGUGUCUCUGCUGCCUCUAAGUUUGCUCGCUCGGUGGGUGUUAAGCGCACCUACGACCGUCUCGUUGAAGAGAAAUGGCCUGGAGUCGAAUGGCUGGAUAACAAGGAUGACUUCGUUCGCCACGUCCCGCAGCUGAAGGAUGCUCAUAUUGAGGGCUGGAAAGGCAUCUGGAACCCAGAAGGCGGAUGGGUUGCAGCGCGCGACGCCCUCAACUCUGUCGGACGCGAGCUUCAUGAGCGAGGCGUCACGUUUACAUCCGGGCCUGCUGGAACCUUUAAGGAGCCUAUAGUUUCCGAGGAUGGCGUCACCAUCAUAGGCGCCCUUGCUGAGGAUGGAACGAAACACUACGCUGACCAUGUCGUCCUCGCGACAGGGGCGUGGACUCCCAGUCUCAUCGAUUUGAAGGGCCAAUGUCUGUCCAAAUGCUGGGUGCUGUGCCAUAUUAAACUAUCUGAUGAAGAGGCGGCCGAGUACAAGGGCUGUCCUGUCGUCUACAACGGAGAUCUGGGUUUCUUCUUCGAGCCAUCUAGGGAUAAUCUAAUCAAGGUUUGUGACGAGUUCCCCGGGUUCACGCAUUACGAAGAGAACGUGAAACCUUUCGGCGCGUCCAAACCCUCGCGUAUCUCCGUUCCCCGGUCGCAUGCAGAGCAUCCGACGGACACCGUCCCCGACGAAAGCGUCAAGACGAUGAGCAAAGUUAUCCAAUCUAUGCUUCCCCGCUUUACGGAUCGUCCCCAGCUGGACCAGAAGAUGUGCUGGUGCACAGACACUGCGGAUAGGUAUUGGCUAAUUACACCUUACCCCGGGUACAAGAACUUGACCAUCGCUUCGGGCGAUAGCGGGCACUGUUUUUCCUUUCUUCCUGUAGUCGGGAAAUGGAUCGCGGACCUCCUUGAGGGCAAGCUCGAUGAGGAACUCGCGCAGAAGUGGCGGUGGAGACCGGGCGUGGGCGACCCUUCGCACAGCGACGGCCGCGAAGAGACGUCAAAGGAUAUCAACGAAUUGCCUGGCUGGAAGCACGAAAAUAGCAAUUUGUCUUGCGCUGUUAUGUAA